GAUUACGUUCCGCAAGGCCCCUCAUAUAGGGAUGCUUACGCUUUUCAUAGGAGUUAUUUGGAAAUGGAGAAGCUGUUCAAGGUCUAUGUGUAUGAAGAAGGUGAACCACCACUCUUCCACGAUGGCCCCUGCAGGAGCAUAUACUCUUCCGAGGGAAGGUUCAUCCAUGGCAUCGACAUGGACACCUGGUUUCGCACCAGGGAUCCUGAUCUGGCUCAUGUCUUCUUCCUCCCAUUCAGUGUUGUGAAGAUGGUCAAGUUGAUCUACAAGCCCAAAUCCUUCGACAUAUCCCCUAUAACGAGGACCAUUGCUGACUACAUCAGUGUCAUUGCUGAAAGAUACCCAUACUGGAACAGGAGCCUUGGUGCGGACCAUUUCAUGCUUUCCUGCCAUGAUUGGGGGCCUCAUGCCUCCGAAGCUCACUCUCAUCUCUACGGCGACUCCAUCCGCGUGCUGUGCAACGCCAACACAUCCGAGGGCUUCGACCCUCGCAAGGACGUGUCACUCCCGGAGAUCAACCUCAAGACGGACGUCAUGGCCGACAUGAUGGGUGGGCCGUCCGCCUCGCGCCGCCCCGUUCUCGCCUUUUUCGCGGGCGGCGACCACGGCCCCGUCAGGCCGCUGCUGCUGCAGGCGUGGAAGGGCCGCGACCCGUCCGUGCAAGUCCACGAGUACCUCCCCAGGGGCGUCUCCUACUACGCCAUGAUGCGGCGGAGCCGCUUCUGUCUCUGCCCCAGCGGGUACGAGGUGGCGAGCCCCAGGGUGGUGGAGGCCAUCUACCUCGGCUGCGUGCCGGUGACCAUCAGCCACCGCUACGUGCUGCCCUUCAGCGACGUCCUCAACUGGAAGGCCUUCUCGGUGCAGGUGUCGCCGGAGGACAUCCCCGACCUCAAGCGGAUUCUGACGGCGAUAUCGCCCAGGCAGUACAUCAGGAUGCAGAGGCGGGUGAGGAUGGUGAGGAGGCACUUCGAGGUGAACAGCCCUCCCAGGAGGUUCGAUGUGUUCCACAUGAUCCUUCACUCGGUGUGGCUGAGGCGGCUUAACGUCCGUCUUCUUCGCCAUGAGUGAUUCAUGUCGGAAUCCCUUCCUUUUUGCUCACCCCUGCUUUAGGCUGUGGAG